AUGGGAUGUGCCACAGGGAUAGUGAAAUAUUUAGUGUUUUUAGCAAAUCUGGUCUUUGCGUUGGCCGGAUUGGGAUUCGUCAUCAUCGGAAUCUUGGUGAAAUUCAACGUUGGUCAAGCAACUAACAUCCUCCCUACAGAUUUCAGCCUAGCACCAAUAUUAUCAAUAAUCAUUGGUGCCAUCGUUUUCAUCACUGCUUUCCUAGGAUGUUGUGGAGCUGUAAAAGAAAGCACUUGCAUGCUAACAACGUAUGCCAUUGUCCUCCUCACCAUCUUCAUCCUGCAACUAGCAGUUGGAAUAUAUGCAUUCUUACAAAUCAGAGACAAACCCACUUUCAAUCAAGCCAUCCAUGACAACGUCGAGAAAACAUUCAAUAAGAUGUACCAAAGCACAGAAGCGAACGAAACCAUGCAGGUCACACAGAGAUUUUUGCACUGCUGUGGUGUGAACAGCUACCAGGACUAUGAGGACAUAAAGAAGCAAAUACCGUUGAGCUGUUGCCGAAACCAACAUGUCCAAUGCCCAAGCUUGAACAACGAUCCCUACAAUAUUGGCUGCGCGAAACAACUACAAACAACGUUGGAGAAAUAUUCGCAAAUAAUCGGAGGGGUCGCGAUUGGAAUCGCUGCUGCAGAGAUAAUUGGAGCAAUCUUUGGCUUGUGCUUGGCAAGCUCGAUAAGAAAUAGCUACCGAAGACAUUUGUACGCAUGA